AUGACUGAGGAAAUAACGUAUGCAGAUCUGGAAUUUAAUAAAUCUUAUGCACUGGAAAAUAUCCCAAAGCCUGCUGCUCCUGAGGAAAAAGGGCACCCUGCUUCAUCCCCCACAUGGCGUCUGGUUGCCCUGACUUUCCUCACAUUGUGCUUGGCAUUGCUGGUAGGGCUGUUAGCCCUGGGAAUUGUGUUUUUUCAGGUUUCCAGUGACUUCCAGAAACAGAUUGGAAACCUCAAGCGAAACCAGGAAAUUCUGCAAACAAGUUCCUCAAAAAGGCUGCAAGACAUGAAAGACAAUUUGUGUCUGAAAGGGGAAGAAAAAAAUAAGAAUAAUGGACCAAAUUGUACACUCUGCCCUGCAAACUGGCAAUGGAUGGGAGGUGACACCUGCUUCUACAUGUCAAGAGAGAAAAGGCCCUGGACGCAGAGUCGAGAAUUCUGUUCCUUACAGAAUUCCACCCUUCUCAUGCUACAGGACAAGGAGAAGCUGAACCACAUACCUCCAAGAGAGACUAGAGACUAUUACUGGAUUGGAUUAUCAUGUAAAUCUAAAGGGAACAACUGGCAUUGGGAGGAUGGCUCAGCUUUUUCAGCACACAGAACUGAUUGGAUUGACUUGUAUGCAUCCUAUAAUUGUGGCUACUUAUUUAGAACAGGUAUUUACAUCUCUAUUAAUAACUACUGCACGGAGAAGCACUUCUGGACCUGUGAGAAAGCAGCUGUUGAGCUAAGAAAAUUCAUUUUGGUGAGGAACAUCAUAAUGCAGGAUACUAUUAAGGAAAUAGGAGGCAUGAGUUUCUUGAAUCAUGCUGUGGUUAUGAUCCGUGGAUCUUCUGCUCUGGAGACCACCUUCUGCCUGCUGCAAGGAGAAGUGGUUGAUCAGUGCUCUAACAAGAAUUGUUGUCCUUCUGGCUAUUGGAGGAACCAAGAGUAUGUACCUCAAAUAGAUAAAAAACAAUAUUACUGGAUAGGGUUAUCAUAUAAACCUGAUGGCUGGUUUUGGGUAGAUAACACAGCUCUUUCAACAAAGAAAAGAGACUGGAUUGUUUUGUCCUAUGGUGAAAACAGUGCAUACCUGUACUAUCAUCAUUUGAAAGUUUAUAACAGUAAGAACUGUAAUGUAAAGUACCCCUGGAUCUGUGAGAAGGCAGCUGUCCAGAUGACCUAA